AAUAAGAACAAAUCCCCACAUAUAGUUACAGAUUAUAGACAUAAAAUCUGACCGAUCUUUAACUGUGACGCGUUUAAGUGUCUUUGUGUCAUUUCUAAGUUCAUAAACUUGUUCUCUAUAAAAUCAGGAAUGAGGAAUAAUAACAUAAUAAAUGGAUAUGACACAUUUAAACAGUCAACCAGGUUGAUUAACAGGAUAAAAUAAAUACAAGUCAAAGAAACAUAAUGGACUCACUAAAGACUGAAUUCUGUUGAAACCAUUUAUUGAUUUAAACACUUCUUAUUUAAAUAAAUGACUUUACAAACUAAAGUUUUCAGGAAGGGUGGAGACAGAUUUACCUGUAGCGGAGUGAAUCCGGAAGUAGCAGAAACUAAAGAGACAUAAACACCGAGUUUCUUCAUUAAUCCGGAGAGAAUGAAAAGAAUCCGUUUUUGUCUAAUUUAAACGCGCUCCUGGUUGUUCGUGUGACUCCUGGAUCCUGGUUCAGGUUCAGGUUCAGGUUCAGGAUCAGGGUGGGUCUGUCCUGGACUCCUCGGUCCAGCUGUAGCUUCAUAUCAUGUUUUAUUCACGGUCUCUUCUCCGCGUAGCCCCAGUCAGAGCAGCUCUGCUCGGAUGCAUUCAGCUCCGCACACCGAGGUGGAAUGAAGGUGAGUGAGUGCGCUGCGACCUUUUAUAUAGGUCCUGACGUCAGCGUCAACAUAUAAGGCGUAUUUGACAGUGAUGUCAGUGACGUCAGCGUCAACACCUUGAUAUAAAAGGAAGCGAGCCGUGAGCUGUAUGUGAGUCCUGCUUCAGUGCGGACUCUGCUUCUUUCUCCGGAGACUCCAGGGACGAUGAUGAUGAUGAAGAUGAUGAAGCCGAGAACUCUGCAGCUCCUCUCUCUGCUCCUGCUCCUCCUCCUGCUCCUCCUCCACUGGUCCACAGCGACAAACAGCCCCGGACACGGGUCAGAGGUCACCAGGGUGGUGGUGUUGGAGGGCAGGGACGUGGUCUUACCGUGUUCCCCGAGCCCCAGGGAGAACAUGGAGAGAGGCGUGUUUGACUGGAAGAAGGACGGCCGCGUGGAGGUCUUCUUCCACGAGGACGGGAAACAUUACAGCAACAACGGGCGCACGGGUCAAGACGAGCAGUUCAAAGGUCGGAUCUCACACUUCCCUGCAGAGCUGAGGUCUGGCAACACCUCCAUCACCAUCAGGAACACGAGGGUCACAGACAGCGGACACUACACCUGCACAUUCCCACGGCUCCACGGAGGACAGACCUUCAGCGUCGAGCUCGUGGUUGAGCGUACCUUUAAAGAUCGGUCAGGAGAAAUCCCAGGUGCGUCCCCAAAGCCGAUAACAAGGAUCCUGAACGUCACUCAGGACGGGGUUCUGGUGAAGUGUGAGGUCCGAGGAGCUUGUCCACAGCCUCAACUAGAGUGGAAGGACAGUGAUGGAGGAGUCCUUAAAGCUGAGGAGCCACAGGUUUCGAUCAGAGGAGGCCGUUACUACGCGUCCCUCAUCACCACUGUAACCAUGACGACCACCAGCCGCUUCCUCUGUGUCGCCAGGCAGGAAAACAUCAGCCAUGAGGUCCAGGAGGAGCUCUAUGUACCAGACAAACUGUUUGAGUCGUGCCGUGGAGGAGGAGGUGCAGGUUCAUGGAUGGGUGGAUGGUGUCUGGGGUUUGUGACUGUUGCUGCACCUCUAGUUGUGUUCGUAGCCUUAAAGAGACGACGUCAGAAAGGGACUCAGCAGUGAGGAGGUGACGGUGUUUAACUGUUUGAAGCAUGUGAUCCAGUGACUUUAAGGACCAGCACAACCACUGAGGAUGAGUUCCUCCGCCUUAAAAUACCUGAGAAAAACUGUACAAAAACUGCACAAAGAGCCGACAUCUGGAUCCAGCUGAGUUCCUUCACAUGUGUGAACCUUUCCACUCGUCUUUAUUUUCAUAACUCCAGUCUUUGUUUGUUUCGCACACGUUUUUUAUUUUAUUUUAUUUUUUUAACAGAACUCAUCCAAACCAUUGCAAACCAUUGCAAACAUUAAUCACGCAGUUAUCAACGCUACACACACACACACACAACAAAUUACCUCUACACACCAGCUGGUUGCUGCAUCCUCCCUUCGCUCCCUCAACACUGAAGGCCUCAUGUCCUCCCAGCUGAUUCCCAGUGUUAAUGUGUGGGGCCAUUAUUGUAGCAAAAGUGUUUGCAAACGUUUAUUUCAAUCCACAAAUGUGUAAAAUAAAUUUAAAACGUGUAUAUUUAUUAAUGCUAGACUCCUGCCGCAGAAGAUCCACAAACGUGUAAACUAAAGUGGAGAAUUGUUGUGUGCCUCCGUAGCUAUACCGCUCCAUACCACCAGGGGGCACCACUGACAGAGGCCACCGCUACCGGGGCUGGUUGGACAGACUUUAUGGCUGCGAUGAACGCUCCAGGUUUACACGUUUAUGGAUCAAAAUACACAUUUGGAAAUACUUUUGCUACAAUCACAUAAUAAACCGCUGACCUGAGCUCAGUCCUGGUGCUGGUGGAGCUGCGUGGAUCAUCAGGGAUCAUCAGGGACACGUCCUCUCACAGACAAGGUUUUAUCUCGAUCAUCUCUGUCUGAUGUGGUGAACGUCAGGAGCUGUGGACGGUUCGAUGCCACAAAACUGGACGUUAUUAGGAGCUGAUUUAAUACUCAGACUGUUAUUGAGCAGACUGAAGGAGAACAAACCACACAACAGCAACACAAUGAAAACCACGUGACGACAAUAGUAAGAUUAAGAUUAAGAUCAAAUGUUACAGCAACACAACAGUUACCAGAAAGAAAUGAAAGAAUUAAAGAAAUGAAAUAGGACAAGAAGAAGUGUGGGUGAAAAUGACCUGGUGUUUGUGGGUUGAUGCCAGUUUUUAGUCCCGCGGGACUCACCACACCUGGUUUAUAUAAAGAAAUUAUAUAUAUAUAUGUAUAUAUAUCCAAUCAGCCACAAAAUCCAAAAAAUCAGCUGCUGAGUUUUGUACUAUUUAUAAUUAUUUUUAUUUGUAUGUAAAGAUCUUUGUAAUGUCUGAAAGCUGCUGUACAAAUAAAUACUAAUUUAUUUGUUUAUUUAUUAUAAAAAAACAAAUAAACAAACA